AUGUUACAAUUCAAACUGGUACUACUGGGUGACUCGUCCGUUGGUAAGUCCUCUAUAGUGCACCGUUUUGUGAAGGAUACAUUUGACGAGCUGCGGGAGUCGACGAUUGGUGCGGCGUUUCUGUCGCAGACUAUAAAAGUGGAGAGUGAGGACCAACAGGAGGUGGUUAUCAAGUUUGAAAUUUGGGACACGGCAGGGCAAGAGAGGUACAAAUCUUUGGCCCCCAUGUACUAUAGAAACGCAAAUGCUGCUCUGGUUGUCUACGACGUUACACAGGAGGAUUCGCUGAAUAAGGCUAAGGCGUGGGUGGAGGAGUUGAAGAAUAAAGUGGGCGAUGAGGAUCUGGUCAUUUUUCUCGUCGGUAACAAAGUUGAUCUCUGCGAGGGGAGCGACAACGAGGAUAAGAGGGCCGUCGCUGCGACUCUGGCCAAGCAGUACGCGGAGGAUCAAGGGUUGAUGUUCGAUGAGGUCAGUGCUAAGACGGGACACGGCGUGAAAGAGGUGUUCCAAGCAAUUGGACAGAGAUUGUACGAUACUAAGAAAGAGGAACUGGCGACGAGGCAGAGGGGGAAUGGUAACGACGGCCAAGUCGACAUCAAUGUCCCAAGACCAUCGACAAACGACACCACGGGCUGUUGUAGCUGA